UUGAGGGCGACAUGGAUUACUAUAAAAAAUGGCGGCCCCUAUGGAUGAGAGUUUAAGCGCAGUACGAUAACUACGAACUUAUUUUCCACGGUAGAGAUUCUGCCGUUAAGAUCAGUAAAUAUUAACCCGCCAGACGAUUUGGCUCCUGAACGACAAUAUGGUCGACGAUGCGAUUCAUGCUACAAAUGAUGAUGCUGCCAUGUGUAAACGGAAAGGUCCCUCCUUGGUACAUAUACCAGUAUAUCAACAGGGGUGUGAGAAUUCAGCGUUUUUGUACACCUUGUCUGUGCAAAAAUUUGCAGUUCAGCAGGGGUACUGGAAGGACCCCUACAUCCAAUUUCUAGUGAAAGCUGGAGAGAGGAAAGCGCCAGAGAUCAACAGAGGUUACUUUGCAAGAGCAGAGGGUCUUCGCAGUGUCAUGAGGCAGUUCUUAAAGCUGACCCACUGUGCCUGUCAGAUCAUCAACUUGGGGGCUGGAUUUGACACCAACUUCUGGCUUCUAAAGGAUGAGGGCCUAGAGGCAGACCUCUUUGUGGAGCUGGACAUGAGAGCAGUAACCAGUCGAAAGUGUCACAUGGUCAGAACCAGAGCAAAGUUGCUGGAACCAGUUCAGGCCAGUCAUGGAACUACACCCGUGGUAAUUGAAGAUGCAGAGCUUCACUCAAGGCAUUAUCACAUCAUGUGGGCUGACUUGAGAGAUCUGAGGCAGGUAGAAGAGAAACUCAGUCAAGUUGGAGUGGAUAAAAACAAACCUACCCUGUUCCUGAGUGAAUGUGUGCUGGUUUACAUGCCAGUGGACAAGUCCAACAGCCUGGUCAAGUGGGUGGCCAGCAACUUUGGUACUACCUUCUUCCUGAACUACGAGCCAGUCAACAUGGGGGAUCGUUUUGGCCAAGUCAUGGUGGCCAACCUGCGCAAGAGGACCUGUGACUUGGCAGGUGUGGAGGCUUGCAUGAGCCUUGAGACACAGAAAGAGCGGUUUCUGUCCAAUGGUUGGGAGGGAGCAACAGCCAUGGACAUGAUGACAGUGUAUCAUAACCUCCCUGGGGAAGAGUUGCAACGCAUUGAGCGGCUGGAAUUCAUGGAUGAGAGGGAGCCUUUGCAACAACUGAUGGAUCAUUACUGCAUAGCCUGGGCAUGGAGGGAUGUGAACAAGAUUGGUCUGGAGUCAGUUGGCUUUAACAGGUGAUACUCAGAAACUCACUGAAUGAAAAGUGAUGCAACCCUGAACAAGUCAUGGAGUGAAUUAAAGAGACACCUUUUCAGAAUUUUCAGUUUAAUGCUUGAUUUCAGGAUUUGUUUUUAUUUCAACAUGAUUUUGAAGCGUUUAGUUGACUCAAAUUCUUCUCAUUGUGCAGUUCUCAUGACAGUUACAUCUUACUCUACAGUUGCUUUGAGUCAACAAAAUCUGUGUAAACAUAACUCAGUACUUUAAAUUAAAUCACUUUAACUGAAAAGUCGCAAAUUCAUCAGUGAAAGUUCAAGACAGUAAUUUGUUUCAAUGUAAUUUACAUAUGUGUCAACAAAAUGUAGUGUUGUGGUUAGUAUGAUGGUAUUUGGCUGCAUAAGGGUAGAUUCAGUAUUGCUUCAUUUCAAAAUGUGAAAAUAAUAAUUCUCAGCAUGUCAAAAAUUUAUGUAGUCAGCAUAUAUUUAAUUUCUUUAUGUGUUUGUGUGCAUAAUGAUGCAUGAGUCGAUGUGUUCUACCUUCAGAGUUUUAUCAAAGUGUGUGAAAAUUCUCAAGCCAUGAUGCUGUUCAUUACUUCAGUUAGCUGCAUCUAUGUUGAACUUGAUUUGGCAGUGCAAAUGAUUUAACAGCUAAGGCAAAAAUGAAGAAGUACGAUGUGUUCCUGCUGAUAGAAAACUUAAAUUGUUUUUAACAGCCAAUGCACACAUUAUAUUGUGUAAAGGUCAGUGAACUGUAAAAACUAUAAUGCGCACUGUAAAGUGCAAACAGCCCUAUUAGACCUUCAAAUACAAAAAAAUGGGGUCCAUUUGGGAGGGGUAUACUUUUUGCAAAUUAUGACAUCAAAUAACAUUGUUAUACCAUGGUCAUAGAUAGUGAAUUUUUAUUGGUUGCGAACUGAUUACGUGAUGCUACAAGUGCGCAUCAUUCACGCAUCAAGCACACUGGCAAUGUUGGCAGGCCACAAAGAAUGAUGGAUAACGUUGAUCUUUCCCACCAAUGAUUUUGUGGUGUCUACUGCAUUGUAAUUGUUUAAUCUUGGGUAUGAGGGUGGAUGACCGCGGUGGUACUACUAGUACUUACCAAUUAUUGUAGGAGUUGUGCCCUUUGUGGAAGACAUUGUAUGUUCACAAGUGCUACUUUCUUCACUCUGUCACGACGGAGACCCACGGGUUAUUAAACUUCUGUUCGUGCACCCAGCUGUACUCAUGGAACAUCAGUAUGCUCUGAUCUCUGUUUCUGCUGCUGUUGCUAUUGCUUUUAUAUAAAUUGCUCAUGUGGUUGUCUCUUCUGAUCUGCUUUUCAAUCUUGUCAAUCUUGAAAUCCAACCAGUUGACAAAAACCCCAGUGCUUUGUGGGUGGAAUUUGUAUAUGUGGGACGUGUUCCUGGGCGAUUUUCAAGAUUUUCCGUUUUCAAAGAAGAACAGUAUACAGUGGUAUACUAUGUCAAAACAAUGACGAAUUACCACCAUUAAUGCCAACUGAAAAAUGAUGGCAAUUCCCAGCAGCUUGGUCUUAAGUUCCUGGAGCAGUCUUUUGCUACAAGGCCCAGCUCGUGUGUCCGAUUUCAGGCAACCCCAGCUAUGCGCAUAAAGCCAACAUCUCCGGUACCAGGUACCCCGGCACAGAGUGGUUUUAAUGUCAGGUUUCUGUAGAAAACCAGAAAUCCUGGAUUUUUCCCUCCCCCCCUCAAAAAAACAACAUAGG